CAGUGCGAGAGGCCAGGCCUUCUUCUGGAGGUGAGCCCAUGGAGAUUUAUUCCCCAGACAUGUCUGAGGUAGCCACCGAGAGGUCCUCCAGCCCCUCCACUCAGCUGAGUGCAGACCCGUCUCUUGAUGGGCUUCCCGCGGCCGAAGACAUGCCCGAGACCCAGACAGAAGAUGGGAGGACCUCCGGCCUGGUGGGCCUGGCGGUGCCCUGCUGCGUGUGCCUGGAAGCCGAGCGCCUGAGGGGUUGCCUCAACUCAGAGAAAAUCUGCAUUGUCCCCAUCCUGGCGUGCCUGCUCAGCCUCUGUCUCUGCAUUGCUGGCCUCAAGUGGGUGUUUGUGGACAAGAUAUUUGAGUAUGACUCUCCCACUCACCUUGACCCCGGAGGGUUAGGCCAGGACCCUAUUAUUUCUCUGGCUCCCACUGCUGCCUCUGCCGUGUGGGUCUCAUCUGAGGCCUACACGUCACCUGUCUCUGGGGCUCAGGCUGAAGCUGAGGUUCAAGUUACAGUGCAAGUUGACAGUGGCCUUGUAGCCUCCAAGCCUCCACCGCCACUGACCCCCAAGAAUCGCCUGUUUGCUUUCUCCUUCCUGCCAUCCACGGCACCAUCCUUCCCUUCACCCACUCGGAACCCUGAGGUGAGAACACCUAAAUCUGCAACUCAGCCACCAACGACAGAAACUAAUCUCCAAACUGCUCCUAAACUUUCUACGUCCACAUCUACCACUGGGACAAGCCACCUGGUCAAGUGUGCAGAAAAGGAGAAAACUUUCUGUGUGAACGGAGGCGAGUGCUUCAUGGUGAAAGACCUUUCGAAUCCGUCAAGAUACUUGUGCAAGUGCCCAAAUGAGUUUACUGGUGAUCGCUGCCAAAACUACGUAAUGGCCAGCUUCUACAAGCAUCUUGGGAUUGAAUUUAUGGAAGCAGAAGAGCUCUACCAGAAGAGGGUGCUGACCAUAACUGGCAUCUGCAUCGCCCUGCUGGUGGUUGGCAUCAUGUGUGUGGUGGCCUACUGCAAGACCAAGAAGCAACGGAAAAAGCUUCAUGACAGGCUGCGGCAGAGUCUUCGAUCUGAGCGGAACAACAUGGUGAACAUUGCCAACGGGCCUCACCAUCCCAACCCACCACCGGAGAACGUGCAGCUGGUGAAUCAAUACGUAUCUAAAAAUGUCAUCUCGAGUGAGCACAUUGUUGAGAGAGAAGCGGAGACAUCUUUUUCCACCAGUCAUUACACCUCAACAGCUCAUCAUUCCACCACUGUCACUCAAACUCCUAGUCACAGCUGGAGCAACGGACACACUGAAAGCAUCCUUUCGGAAAGCCACUCUGUUAUCAUGAUGUCAUCAGUAGACAACAGUAGGCACAGCAGCCCCACAGGGGGCCCAAGAGGACGUCUUAAUGGCUUGGGAGGCCCUCGCGAGUGUAACAGCUUCCUCAGGCAUGCCAGAGAGACCCCUGACUCCUACCGAGACUCUCCUCAUAGUGAAAGGUAUGUGUCAGCCAUGACCACUCCGGCUCGUAUGUCACCCGUAGAUUUCCUCACGCCAAGCUCCCCCAAAUCGCCCCCUUCGGAAAUGUCUCCGCCAGUGUCCAGCAUGACGGUAUCCAUGCCCUCUAUGGCGGUCAGCCCCUUCGUGGAAGAAGAGAGACCUCUGCUGCUCGUGACACCACCAAGGCUCCGGGAGAAGAAGUAUGACCACCAUCCACAGCAGUUCAACUCCUUCCACCACAACCCGGCGCAUGAGAGUAACAGCCUGCCCCCCAGCCCCUUGAGGAUAGUGGAGGACGAGGAGUACGAAACGACCCAGGAGUAUGAGCCAGCUCAAGAGCCUGUUAAGAAACUUGCCAAUAGCCGGCGAGCCAAAAGAACCAAACCCAAUGGCCACAUUGCCAACAGGUCGGAGAUGGACAGCCACACAAGCUCUGAGAGCAGUAACUCAGAGAGUGAGACAGAAGAUGAGCGAGUAGGUGAAGACACACCUUUCCUGGGCAUACAGAACCCCCUGGCAGCCAGUCUAGAGGCAGCACCUGCCUUCCGCCUGGCGGACAGCAGGACUAACCCAGCGGGCCGCUUCUCCACGCAGGAAGAAAUACAGGCCAGGCUGUCUAGUGUCAUUGCUAACCAAGACCCUAUUGCUGUAUAAAACCGAAAUAAACACAUAGAUUCACCUGUAAAACUUUAUUUUAUAUAAUAAAGUAUUCCACCUUAAAUUAAACAAUUUAUUUUAUUUUAGCAGUUCUGCAAAUAGAAAACAGGAAAAAACUUUUAUAAAUUAAAUAUAUGUAUGUAAAAAUG